CAUCACCAAAAUCUUUCUUCUUUUUUGCUUGUUCUCAGCAUGAAGCAGAGGACUUUUGCUAGACUGAUGCUACUCUUUCUUGCUUUCUCUUACAUUCUUCUUCUUCUGCACCUAUGUCCAACUGCUGCAGUUCCUACCUCAAGAAGCCACCUCAAGCACAUCAAGGAACAGUCAGCCUCCGUCCCAGAUUUAUUUUCUGAGGAGGCAAUGGAUGUGACUGAGGAGCAGCAUGGAGAAGGAGAAGGGUCAAUUGAAGAGAGGAUGUUGAAAGACUAUCCAGGGCCUGGAGCCAACAAAAACCAUGACCCAAAACCCCCAGCAAGAGCUUGAAAAUCCCAAACUAAAUACCUCGAUCAUACGUACAGAGACCGAGGCAAUUUCAAACAAAGUUUGGAUCUUGGUUUUUGGAAGUCUUAUGUCUUUCAAAAAUAUUAUGCUCUUUACUUGUGAUCGUAGUAAGGUUGUUUGUCUAUAUAGACUGUUAUAAUCUAGAUUGAGAAAGUGAAUGGAGAGAUAUCACUUUCCACAUUAAGGAGAAUGUUCUGGGUGUAUUGUAAAUUAUUACCGAUUUCUAUUAUCUUUGGAGACUUGUCUUUCUGUGCUUCAUUGUCCGUUU